UUUUCCCUUUCGAUUUUUAUUUUCUUCCCUUUUAGGGUAUAAUUGUUGGCUGUGCAGAGAAAAUUUUCCGACGUUCUGAUUUCCGAUUCCAAUUGAUCGGCGCUUUAAUCGGAACGAAGUAUUCGUCGCCGGCGGUGGCGGACGUGUGCCGUCUUCCCUCGAUAUUCCAUAAAUUCUUUGCCGGUACCCGCUCCCCAUACAACUAGCCGUAGCCGGCCGUCCGUUGAAUUCUCAUCUUCUCCGUACGUCAAUUCCGAUUUCCGAACGGGCCAAUGGCUUAUACUUUGGAAUCAUGGACGAAGGAAUACAAUGAAGCUUUGAAACUCUCUGAAGAUGUCAACAGCAUGAUUUCUGAGAGAAGUUCCCUUGCUGCAUCCGGACCGGAAUCGCAGCGCCAUGCCUCAGCUAUACGCAGGAAGAUCACGAUAUUGGGUACCAGACUUGAUACCUUACAGACUCAGUUACCCAAGCUUCAAGGAAAGCAACCAAUAUCAGAGAAAGAGAUGAAUCGCCGCAAGGACAUGCUUGCAAAUUUGAGAUCAAAAACUAAUCAGAUGGCUUCAGCUUUGAACAUGUCAAACUUUGCCAACCGCGAUAGCUUACUUGGCCCAGAAAUAAAACCAGCUGAUGUCAUGAGCAGAUCAACAGGACUGGACAACCAUGGCCUAGUUGGUUUUCAACGACAAAUUAUGAGAGAGCAAGAUGAAGGCCUUGAGAAGCUGGAAGAGACUGUCAUUAGCACAAAACAUAUUGCAUUGGCUGUCAAUGAAGAACUUGACCUUCACACCAGACUUAUUGAUGAUUUGGAUGAACACGUCGAUGUUACAGAUUCUCGAUUGCGGCGAGUGCAGAAGAGGCUGACAAUAUUGAACAAGCGGACCAAGGGCGGUUGCACCUGCAUGUGCAUGCUUUUAUCAGUUGUCGCGAUUGUCAUUCUUAUCGCUGCCGUAUGGCUACUCAUCAAGUAUUUGUAAUUCACUGUGUCUUGGUGUGAAUUGGCUAAACAUAACCUUGUGAUUGAAGAGUAUGAUUUAUGUUGUUUUUCUUUGUGAAAUCGUUCUUCUUUUCCCUUUCUACCACUUGCUGUGGAGUGGAGUUCAUGAGAUUGAGGCGAUUUUGGACGUGUAUAUUUUCAGUUUUAAGCAACUAUUGUGAUUGCCAACUCCCUCUUUCCCCACUCUCCUUACUACAAAAUAUGAAUGAUUUGAGAUUUAAUUGAAGUUUAAAUUUGUGUUC